GGAAUUUCAAAUCUGAUAUAGAUUCAUAUUCUAGUGUUAGAUAUCCAUGUACUCACCUCAAUUCGUUUCAACUUGAUUCAACGGAAAGUUUCUCGAAUACUGCAACUAAUGUCUUUCAUCGAAGCCUCCAUGUUACCGCUGCUAAACAGAAAGAGUCGCUACCUGAACUUUCCUGAUCACUGCUCGAUGUCAAUGGGUCGCUACUGGAGAUGCCAAGUCGCCGGAUUUCGUCGCUGGUUCCAAACCACUGUCAGAGGCAUUGGAGUUGCUGCCAGACGCCGUCACUGCUGUUUCGCUGGAGCAGAGAAGGCUCGCCAGAAUUGCUGGAUCGCUCGUCCUCAUCGCUGCCUGAACUCAUCGCCGGAGAUCGCCGUUUGCCCUGCAUUAAUGACCACCAUCGCUGUGUUUCCCCCUUCGUGGAAGACCGCCGGUGCAGAAGGAGGGGUUACCGAAGCAGGAGAAUCGGAAGAGGGAGAGAGAAUCGCGACGGGUGCUGGCCGGAAUAUGUUGGGGUAAUUGUGUCCCUUUGUUGGCGCUGCUGCUGGUGGAUCAAAGGAUGAGGUUGGCUGCGGUGCUGGUCUCAAUCAAAGAAGAAAAUCAGAACUAAAACACGUGGGGUAUUUAUAUUCCUUGCGUCUUGUACUCCGUAAUUUAAAAUAAUGUGUCUGAGUAAACAUACACACUUUUC